CCCCCCACUCUGUAAUUCACGCAGUAACUAACUCCCAAGGGCAAAGCAUUUCACAGCCAAGCUGAAAAUAUCUACUUUCUUAAAAUACAUAUUCUGUCGGAUGAGAACCUACUAUCAAGGCUGCCUCUUGCAUAAUCACAGUCAUUAUUCAGUCUGGCAGUUCAUUACCAAAGUGGAUAUUUCAGCUUGGCUGAGGAAGAAUAAGAAUAUGUAUGUCAUAAAUACACUGAGAAAAUAAAAUAUAAGGUUCUAACCUUCAGAGAUGUAAUGUAUUAUUCUGCACUCUGCACUUUCCUGAGGGCUGAGGAGUGCUGGGGUACUGCCACUGGGUCCCCCCUUUUUUUGAAUGAAGCAUUCCUUGGGGAUUUAAGAUGUCUGCAAUAUUCAACUUAUUGAUAUAUGUAGAAGUAAAUGGAAGCAAAGAGGCAUACCUGAAGCACAGAGGGGUCUGAAAAGAGGGUGCUGGCGAGCUCCCAAAGAUACGGUUCCAGUUCCAGCUAGAAACUUGAAACUCUUGAACCCGUGGCCCUGAGUUGAAGAGUCCCAUGCGCUACCAACUGAGCCACUCAUGUAUGUACAUGCAGUACCCAAGCAGUUGCAUCUAGCCACUGUUUCUGGACCCAGAGAGAGUGAUGCUACAUCAGAGACAUUGUGGUGAAUUAAAAUGUCGGCUGGAAUUAGCUUCUCAGAGCACCAGGCUGAAUCUUUUUUUAAAACUCAAGCAGGGCUCAGGGCAGGUGGGACCUGCAAGGAUGUUGAGGCCUGGCUGCUGCCCAAGGAUGCCAGGUUGAGCUUGCAUCUUCCAAACUGCCAACUGUAGUCUCUCCCCCCUCCGCCCCUUAUGCCAGCUUUUCUUGUGGAUAAAACAUGCACAGCCAUAAAGAUUAAGGGCUUUGGGGGGGGGUCAUAUUUAAGCAGAUUCUAAGCCAGUGGUGAGUGGUCAAUUACAACAAAUGGGGCACUGCUUCACCAAGCUCAGUGCGCCCUCAGCCAACCACCAGCUUGCCUGUCAUCUUGCAACCAGUCCGAGGGGUAGCGUUGCCUAUCAGCUUCCUGCUCCUUAGCCCCCUCCACCACCUGUGGGUCUGCCUGCCUUCUGCUCCAAUGGUCCCAAUGGGCCUCGGCCACCAGCACUUUCAUGCAAAUAAGCAUGCUUUGUGUUUCUUUCCAAUUUUUCGCUCCAUCGAUGGAGAUGGGCUAAGCUUAUCCAUUGAAUUAGCAACUUGGUUUGUAGCAAAAGCAAGGGGGGAAAUACUUUAGGAAGAUGCAGAAAUCUUCAUCUUUUGAAUUCAAGUGGACAAGGAAAGGCUGAGGAGGGGGUGUCAGGUGAUGGAGUUAACAACAACAGGCAUUCCAGCCGCAGCGAGUGGGACAAAGCAACGCUCACAGCAACAAGGCCUGCUUAUGAAUGAGACUCACAACAUCUGAUUCACAUUAUUUCCACCCAUGCACAUUUCUUUUUUGUUUAAAGCCAGGGUCAGUGAGGGCUUUAUAGACUGUGUGGGACAUUCUGUUAAUGAUUUGCCUUUGGGUCGCUGCUGCUGCUGCUGAGGCACAUGAGAAGAUUAAUAAAGACCUUCUGAAGAAGAAGCAGGCAGGCUGAGCUUGGGGCAAGCAGGUGGGAGAUUUAGCUGCCCGCUACUCUUUGGCAGUAGACGUUACCACGUUAUCCCACCCAUCCCUGCAUUUUUGCUGCGGUCUCCUGGAACUUCUCCUGCUCCCCGCACAUCCAAGGAAGCCAUAUUACACAGGAGAUGGCUGUCCAGUAUGUCCAUUAUAAGGGGAUAAAGUUCCCCCCAGGAUAUAACUCUGUGGAGAACCUUUGCUUUGCUGAGAAUGAGUUUGAAGUGCAAGAUGACGACAUCUUCAAUGUGACUUACCCCAAGUCUGGAACAGUGUGGAUGAUUGAGAUCCUCAGCUUGAUCCUCAAUGGAGGUAAUCCAAGCUGGAAUCAAUCUGUGCUUAAUUCCUGUCGUGCCCCCUGGUUCACCACCCAGCUAGGCCUGGAGGCAGCGCAUCUCCUCCCACCCCCACGGCUGCUCACCUGUCACCUCCCCAUUCAUAUCUUCCCCAAAGCCUUCUUCAGCUCCAAAGCUAAGGUGGUGUACACAUUGCGGGACCCCAGGGAUGUACUUGUUUCUUACUAUCAUUUCUCCAAGAUGUGUGUCCCCUUUGAGAACCCCGAAUCCUUCAACCACUUCCUGGAGAGUUUCCUGAGUGGGGAUGUACCUUUUGGAUCGUGGUUUGACCACGUCACAGGUUGGAUGAAGCUGAAAGGCAAAAGCAACCUCCUUUUCAUCAGCUACGAGGAACUGAAGCAGGACCUGUUUGGUAUUGUGGAACGCCUCUGCCAUUUCCUAGGGAAAGAGCUUGAUGAGGCAGCAAUUACAUCAGUGGUGGAGAACACUUCCUUCGAAGCCAUGAGGAGGAAUGACAUGUGCAACUCAACAAUGCUUCCCAAGGAAUUUAUGGACCAAGAGAAAGGGACCUUCCUGAGGAAGGGCAUCUGCGGAGAUUGGAAAACUCACUUCACGGUGGCACAGUCUGAAUACUUUGACAAGGUUUACCAGGAGAAGAUGGAGGGCCUGAAAGGAAUAUUCCCUUGGGAACACACUAGGCAGGAGAACCACUUGGGAAAAGGCCUUAAUUUCUGAACUGAAAGAUGCAGCAGCCUAAGCUUGUCUGUCUGUUACCAAGAAAGCCCUUCCUUAAUCCUAAACCCUAAAUUAGAGGCACUUUUUGGUAGGGGAAAUGUAUGUGCUCAGAGCUAUUCAUAACAUUUUUUAUAACUUCACAUGCUUCAGGGUGCUGGAUGUGAACACAUGUUAUGCUUCAAGGCACAGAGUGGCACAUGAUGUAUCAUGUGAAGGCAUCUACUGCAGUCAUCUGGCUGAAGCUGGGCUGCAUUGGAAUUAGCAGGGGGAAACUGACGGAGGCUGCCUUAAGUUGCACAGAAGAAAACGGGGAUCUAAUCAUGUUUCUUUUUCAAAAGAAAUAUUAUUAAGGCAAGCAAACAAUUUUAAAAUAAUAAUAAUCAGUGUUCC